GCACAUACCGACAUCCCUAUUCGCGUCAUGCCCAUCCUGUUCACGGACCUCAACCAAGGGCCAGGACGACGAUCACGACAGCGCCGCACCGACAACGCAAUCGGCAGCUACCAACCCAGCGACGAGACCGAGCUCGGACGCUUGAUUCACGACAAGUUCCUGACGCACCAGCUGACAGCCAUCAACAUGCACAUCGACGUCGGCAAUACCUACUACGGGCACAACAAAGCCAGAUCAAGCAUCAACUACUUCAUCGGCCACGACAACUUCAUGGAAAUCGUGAAGCACGUGAAGCUGAAUUGGAAGAUCCACACCAAGCUAAGUAGCCUACUACAUGUUGCCGACCACAUCCCCAUGAUUAUGCAGAUCAAGAUGCCUGUCAGCGGCGCCAACAUCACGAACAACAACAUCCGCUGGGACUAUGGCCUACUUGCUGCUGGGCUCCAGACGGGCGCCCACCGUGCGUCUUCUCUCAACGACGCCUACGCCGAGAUUAGCAAACACAAGGAGGCCCUCCGAGUUGUCAAGAUGGAUCAGUGGGCUCCCCCCGAGGCCAGCGUGAGCACCUCUUCCCUCCUCUCGGCGGCAACGCACGACGGGACGGACACCGACGACGAGACAAACCCCACCUUCGAGUGCAACAUCGGGUCGUGCCAGAAACGGAUCACCACGCGCUCGGCCACUCCAAGGCUCGAAGGGCUCGGGCACCGCUACGAUGACACCAAGCAGAAGCUGGUGAUCGGCGCGCCCAUGUGGGAGGGCCAG